GAAAAAAAUUUUAAGCAAAUGAUUUGACAAUGUUUAAAUUACCAAAAAAUGUUAGUCGCUAUGGAGCAUCAUAUUGUCGUUCCUUUAGUGACAACUAUGGCAUCUUACCGGAUAGUGCAAGAGUUGUUAUAGCAGGUUCAGGAGUUGUUGCUAAUUCAGUGGCUUAUCAUUUAACGAAGAAUGGAUGGAAAGACAUUUUAAUUCUUGAACAAAACACGCUGCAAUCUGGAACAUCUCAAUAUUGUACUGGGCUGAUUGGUUUGUUCAAACCUGAAGGCAUGAGAAGGGUGAUUCUAGAAAGUGUACGGACAUAUAUAGAACUAGAACAACAGGGAUAUGACGUUGGUUUGAGGCAAUGUGGUUCUAUUGCUGUUGCACAAACUCAAGAUCGGAUGAUCGCUUUAAAACGAAGAAUGAGUUAUAACAAACCCAACGGCUUAAAUUGCGAAUUCGUAACUCCAGAACAAAUCAAAGAAAUUCAUCCUUAUCUAAAUGUUGAUGAUUUAAGAGGAGGCAUUUAUGUGCCAGAAGAUUCUGUUGCUGAUCCUACUGCUUUAAGCAAUGCUUUAAUUGAUAUCGCAAAGAAAAGUGGCGUGAAAUAUCGAGAACAAUGUCAGGUGCAGUUAGUUCAAAUUGAUUCGAGAGAUAAAAUCGUAGGAGUUGAAACUAAUUCUGGAAUAGUGAAGUGUGAAUAUUUUGUGAAUUGUGCUGGAAUGUGGUCAAGAGAUUUAGGAUUGAAAUGCAAAAAACCAGUUAGGAUUCCAGCAUAUGCUGCUGAACAUUACUAUGCAAUUACUAGUGGGAUGGAACUUCCAAUUGAUAAAACUUUACCAUGCAUUCGCGAUUAUGAUUCUGCAAGUUACAAUCGUCAAUUCAACCGUGAAUUGUUGAUUGGUUGGUUUGAGCCUGAAGCUCGAUCUGCAUUCAUUGGAAAAGGAAAAGUGCCACAGAAUUGGAUGAAAAAUAUUCGAGAAGAUCUUCCACAUUUUGAUCGGCAUUGGGAUAUCGCUAUCCAACGUUUGCCAAGUCUUCAAAAUCAAUCGCCUUAUGUUUCAAACACACCCGACAGUUUCACUCCAGAUGGCCGCUGGAUUCUUGGAGAAUCUCCUGAAGUUGAAAAUUAUUAUGUUGCUGUUGGAACAAAUGGAAAUUCGAUUCAAGGUGCUGGAGGAAUUGGAAAAGCAGUCGCUGAAUGGAUGAUUGAGGGACGUCCGACACAAGAACUCUCUCCAUUUUCUAUUCAACGUUUCAUUGAUGUUCACAAUAACAGGCAAUUUUUAGAACAGCGUGUUAAGGAGGUUGUGGGAUAUCAUUAUUCAGUUCCUUAUCCGAACAAAGAAUAUAAAUAUGGUCGAAAAUUGAGAUGUUCUCCACUCUAUUCUGUCCUUGAACAACGAAGAGCAGUUUUUGGAACCGUCAUGGCAUAUGAGAGAGCUUUGUAUUUUGACACAACGCACAAAAGGGGGGGUCCACUUCCAAAGCUCACUUUCUCUUCUUUCUUCAAGCCAAAGUUCUUUGAGUUUCUUCAAAAUGAAUAUCAUGCAUGUCGUGACACUGUCGGUGUGAUUGACAUUUCUUCUUUUUCGAAAAUUAAAAUAAAAUCUUCAAACACUGAAGAUGUUGUAUCUUAUCUUCAGAGAGUUUGUUGUAAUGAUGUUGAUAUCCCCAUUGGAACGUGUAUAAAAACUGGAAUGUUGAAUAGAAAUGGCGGUUAUGAAAAUGAAUGUAUCAUCAUUCGUUUGACUGACAAUAGUUUCUUCAUGGUAUCACCAUCAAGUCAACAAACGCGCAUUUAUGAAUGGAUGGAAAACCAUUUGCCAUCUACGAGUUCUUCGAUUAAACUUUCAGAUCAAACAUCAAUGUAUACGGUGAUUAAUGUUAUUGGUCCGAAGUCUUUGAUGUUGAUGUCAGAGUUGUCAAAUUCUGAUGUUGAUAUUCCACCGUUUCGAUAUAAAAAAGUAAAUGUUGGAUAUGCCAGUGAUGUCAUGUUAAUGUCUUAUACGCAUACAGGCGAACCUGGUUAUUGCCUUUAUGUACCCAGUGAAUAUGCUUUGCAUCUUUAUGAAGAAAUUAUGAAACUUGGAAUUGAUUAUGGUGCUAAAGAUUGCGGAACAAUGACUCAAAAAUUUAUGAGAAUUGAACGAUUUAUUCCUUUAAUGGGAGAUGAAUUGAAUUCGUUUGUAACGCCUCUUGAAGCCGGUCUUGAAAAUCAUGUGAAUUUUGACAAAGUCAAUUUCAUUGGAAAAGCUGCUUUAAUGAAACAGAAGCAAGACGGGAUUAGGAAACGUCUUGUGAUGCUUUUACUUGAAGAUCACAAUAUUGAUGAAAAUCUUUGGGCUUGGGGACGAGAACCUAUUUAUAGGAACGAUGAAUUUGUUGGAACUGUGACAAGUGCUGGUUAUGGAUUUACAAGUGACAAGAUUGUUUGUUUAGGUUUUAUACGCAAUUCCAGUGGCGGAAAUGUUUCAGACAAUUAUAUUAUGGACGAAAAUGCAAAGUAUCAUGUUGAUAUUGCUGGCAGACUGUUCACAGCAACGCCUUACACUACUGUACCGCUUUUCUUCGAGCAACAAGAGAAAGAACAUCGCACGGCUAGCUCAAGUUAUCGUCCGUCAAUUAUUUUUAAUGUCAAGAAACAACGUCAGUGAAUUCAAACCCUGACAACUAACAAAAGUGCUUAAAAUAUAAAAUAUUUCCUUUUUCUAUUAAUUAUCAUGAAAAGUUGUGUGAAAUCUUUGUGAGAAUUCUUGUUAAAUUUUUUAAAUAAAAUCAUGCUUGACUUUUGAAAUGA